CAAGCAGGGCGGGAGUAUUGCUUUGCUGUACCUCCUCUCAUUUCCUGAAGUGAACACUGCCCAAAUAUGUGGAGAUACAAACAGAGGAUGACCUGUAAUGUUCUGGACCUUUAACCAGAGCAGGAAUUAUUAGCAAAGAUCAUUUACGCAUGCUGGUGUAAAGCAUGUUCCUGUGGCAAUAUCUGACACUGCUCCUGCCGAUAACUGUUCAAAUAUGCAAAGCUCAGACAUGUGAAGAGUUUUCAGAUCUAGAUCUCAGCCACGCGAUCAUUGGGACCAGCCUCAGAAUCAGGUUGUUGCUGUACACCAGGGAUAAUGUCACAUGUGGUUCACUGGUGCCCCACACGGACCUGUCCGCACAUCCCCGGUUUAACUGCUCCAGGCCGACCACCUUCAUCGUGCAUGGGUAUCGGCCCACUGGAUCUCCACCGAUGUGGGUGGAGAAGAUCACGGAGCUGCUGCUGGUCCAGGCGGACAUCAAUGUGAUCGUGGUGGACUGGAACCGAGGAGCUGCUAAUGUCAACUAUUUCAAGGCAGUGGAGAACACGCGCAGGGCAGCCAACAACCUCACCGCGUUCAUUCAAAUAAUGCAGGAGCAUGGUGCCUCUCUGAGCUCAAUCUACAUGAUCGGGGUCAGCCUCGGGGCUCAUGUAUCCGGAUUCGUAGGCGCAAACUUGAAUGGAGCAAUUGGAAGAAUUACAGCUCUGGAUCCAGCCGGGCCUCAGUUCACCGGCUCUGCUCCAGAGGACCGCCUGGACCCCACGGACGCCCAGUUUGUAGAUGUCCUGCACACAGACAUAGAUGCCCUGGGCUUCAGAGAACCUCUGGGUCACAUUGAUUUCUAUGCUAACGGUGGAGCGGACCAACCCGGCUGCCCAAGGACCAUCUUUUCUGGAGGAUCCUAUUUUAAAUGUGACCACCAGAGAUCAGUGUUGCUCUACCUGGACUCUAUGAAUCAGACCUGUACCAGCAUGGCCUACCCCUGCACCUCCUACAAGGACUUUCUGGAUGGUGACUGCUUGAGCUGUGACCGCUUUGGUGCUGCUGGAUGUCCUGUCUUUGGUUACGGUGUGACAAAGUGGAAAGAUGUCCUUCUGAAGCUGGGCCAAACAAAAACCUACUUCACCACAAAUAAGGUCUCUCCGUUCUGCAUGACAAACUACAGGGUGGAGGUGAUGAUAUGGAACGAGGAAGUACGUUAUGGAUACAUCACGGUUAAACUUCACAGUAACGGUAAAGAAGCAGUGGCCACCAUUGACCAUAAAGAAUCGGAGUUCAAGAAGCACACAGAGACCACGUUGUUGGCCCAUUUUGACAAAGACGUUCAGUCAGUGAAAAAAGUGUCUCUCAAAUUCUCCACUGGGAAUGUAUUGAAGCCCAAAUAUAAGCUCCGUGUUCUACGAAUCCGUCUCACACAUCUGGAACGCAAGGAAAGGCCUCUCUGUCGAUAUGACAUCCUCCUGCAGGAGGACAAAGAGGUCACCUUCAGGCCGAUUCCCUGUGAAGAGUCCAACUUCUGAGACAAAAAUUGGACACAAUGUCAAAGAUUUCAAACUUUGCUCGUCUUGGAGGAGAGUUUAGUCGACUGUAAAGGAAAACAACAAGGACUGCAAUGAUAGCGUAUCAGAAAAACUAAGCUGGCUGUGAUCUUUUCAGAUUUAGAAAUUAAAUGUUAUAUACUAUAUACUGUAAAUGUUUUUUUAAGAGAAAAUAUAUAUUUUUUAAGUUACAUUUUGCCCGAAAAAGGUUAUUUAUUUGCGCUUUAUUUGUAGGGUGAAUUGGAUUUUCUGAAUUGUAAAUGAAUUCAUCUCAUAAUGAUUUAUUAUGACACGUUAUAUCAGUAAUGGGCAUUGUGACUGCGUGAAACUAAUGCGACCCCAGUUUUAAAAUAAAUAUAAUACUAAUUAAUGACGUUGUUUUCUUUUU